GUGUCCUCCCUCAACAGGAACAAGGACACAACCAGGGACGAAUUCAUCUUCUACUCCAAGCGCCUGAUGAGGCUGUUGAUCGAACAUGCCCUCUCCUUCCUGCCGCUGAAGUCGGUCACUGUGGAGACGCCCCAGGGAACAACAUACGAAGGAAAGCGGUUCCACAGGCAGAGGAUCACAGGCGUCUCCAUCCUGCGAGCAGGGGAGACCAUGGAGCAGGCUCUCACUGCUGUGUGCAAGGACAUCCGCCUGGGAAAGAUCCUGAUCCAGACCAACCACGACACGGGCGAGCCCGAG